UGUUGAUAAAAAAACAAGCGUAAAAAACAAGACAAGACACAUAAAAAAGAUUAAAAAUGGCCUAUGAUCGCGAAGUUUUGCGUAUGAUUUGGGAAGGACAAAUAGCACUAUCAUUUCAAGCUGAUCCUGAGGAAAUUGUUGGACUUCAGCCGGAAAAUUUUUAUUUAAUGGUUUCUCGUUUAAGCUAUUUACCACUUGUUACAGACAAAGUUAAGAAAUAUUUCAGUCGUUUUAUAGCUGCCGACCAGCAGGAUGGAGUUGUUUGGUUUGAUUAUAAUGGAAUACCUUUAAAACUUCAUUAUCCAAUAGGAAUUCUACAUGAUUUGCAAACUGAUAACGAUAGCCAACCAUGGUGUUUAACCAUACAUUUUUCAAAAUUUCCCGAAGAUGUUUUGGUCAAAUUUGAUUCAAAAGAUUUAUUAGAGUCAUACUUUAUGUCAUGUUUAAAGGAAGCAGAUGUUCUUAAACAUAGAGGUCAAGUGAUAUCAUCGAUGCAAAAGAAGGAACAUAACCAGUUAUGGAUUGGCAUUGUUAACGAUAAGUUUGAUCAAUUUUGGGCAGUGAAUAGAAGACUAAUGGAACCCAGCGGGGAUUUGGACACAUUUAGACAUGUUCCAGUGCGAUUUUAUAGCGAGGACACUAACUACAUGCAGAAACUUAUAUCACCAUUAAUGGAAAGUGGAACAAAGAAAACAGUCAGAGAUUUAUUGAAUGAAUUAUCUACAUCUAACCGAAAAGCAAUUGGCAUUCGUACUCAUGGCAUUAACAUUCACGAAGAAACUCAUCUUCAAUGGAUGUCCGAACACUUAAGUUAUCCAGACAAUUUCUUACAUUUGGUUGUUAAUUAUGAAAAAGUGUGAAUCAAGAUAAUGCAGGAAUGUUAAUUUUUAAAAUAUGAUUAUAUUUAUUAUAUUAUUUAAAUUUGUACUUUAACUUUAAUAAUUUUACGAAACAAGUCCAGGAAAAUUAUUUAAAAAAAUUGCCGAAUUUUAUAUUAAGUAUUUUUUCUGGACUAUACACACACAUAUGUAUAUUAUAUUAUAAGUUAAUCGCAUAAUAGAUGUAACCAAAGUGCUUCGCUCCCCCAAUAAAUAUGAAGAAAAAAUAAAAA